UCAAAUUUAAAUAGAAGUAAUUCUCGUCAACAACAACAACAACAUCGUUUAUCAUCAUCAUCCUCAUCUUCAUCAUCACCGCCGUCGUUAAUGAAAAAGAAACGGACACAAUCAAACGAAAUGCCAACUACAGCAACAACGACGACGACGACAAUAACAAAUUCGGAAAAUUUUAUAACCAAAAUCGAUAGAUCAAUAUCAUCAUCGAUUAUUAUGAUCGAUAAUGAUGAUGAUGAUAUUGUUGGUGAUCCUAAACGUAAUCCAAUAUUACCAUUAUCAUCAUCAUUAUCCAAAUUACCAUCAGUUAAUGAUGAUUAUGAACAAUCACAACAACAACAACAACAACAUUUAACCACAAAUCUAAUCAUCGAUCAGAAUAAUAAUAAGGAUAAUUUAAAAUUCAAACUCGAACAACAACAACAACAACAGCUUCAGAUUACAAUCGAUGAUAAUCAACAUCAACCAUCAGUCAACAAUAAUAACAACAAUAAUGGUCAAUAUCAAAUGAUUGCCUUGAAUGAUAAACAUAUCGAAAAUGAUUAUUAUGAUGAUCAUGAUGAUAAAUUGGCAACAAAAGUAACAAAUAGUGAGAAUAAUCAUAAUAAUAAUAAUAAGAAUACCAAAAAGCGAUUUAAAUUUACAAUAUUUGGCUAUCGACCUGAACAGAUUAAAUGGACAAAUGUAAUAUGGUUAUUAUUUACACAUACAUUACUUAUUAUUGGUUAUGUUUAUGUUUCGCUAUAUCCGGUCAAAUUUUUUACUGUACCAUGGAUCGCAAUGCUGGGGGUAGCCGGUGGUUUUGGUGUAUCGAUCGGUGCACAUCGUUUGUUUGCACAUCGUUCAUUUAAAGCAAGAUGGUUAUUAAGAUUUGGUUUGGUAUUAGUCGAAACAUUAUCAAUGAAUGGUGGUUGUUAUAGUUAUGCACGUGAUCAUCGUUGUCAUCAUAAAUUUGUCGAUACAAAUGGUGAUCCAAAAAAUGCUAAACGUGGUUUCUUUUUCGCUCAUAUUGGUUGGUGGAUGUUGAAAAAACAUCCUGAAGUUAUUCGAAUGGGACAAAAAUUAAAUCAUAAAGAUCUGGAUGAUGAACCAUUAAUUGUAUGGCAAAAAAAGCUAUAUUUUCCCUUAUUUUUAUUGGUCAGUGUUGUUGUACCAACAUUAAUACCGGUCUAUUUGUGGAACGAAGAUAUUGUGAUCUCAUUCUUCAUGUCGGCCGUAUUACGUACAGUUGUUGUUGUUCAUCAUUUAUUUACAGUCAAUUCAAUUGCACAUAUUUUCGGGAUUAGACCUUAUAAUAAAGAUAUUGGUCCAACUGAAUCCAAAAUAACAAUGUAUUUAUCAUUAGGUGAAGGUUCACAUAAUUAUCAUCAUACAUUUCCAUAUGAUUAUGCUAAUUGUGAAAAAAAAUGGUGGGAAGUAUUUAAUCCAUCAACAUUAUUUGUUGAUAUAUGUUCAAUGAUUGGUUUGGCAUAUGAUUUGAAAAAACCAUCUGAUCGUGUAGUGAAAGGUAUUGUUUCCAGAAUAGGUGAUCCACGUUUUUAUGAAAAAAAAUUAAUGAUUCAAAAACCAAUGCGUAAACGUAUAAUACAAGGUGCAACUGAUUGGAUUAUUGGUACUGUUGUUGCUGGCUGGGCUAUUUAUCCACCAAUUCUGUUUAAAAUUGUUACUGGCCGGCCAGUUAUCACGAAUGAUAUAACCAUCAAUACAUCAAUAGUGGAUGGUAAAAAAAAUAUCUAUAAAAAAUUAUAUCAUCAAUUUGGUCGAUUAAAAUGGUCAAAUAUAAUUAUCAUCAUAACUAUACAUACAUUAUCGAUGAUUGGUUUCGUACAUUUAAUCCAAAAUGAUAUUAAUCGUUAUACAUUUAUAUUUUCAUCAAUAUUGGGACUAUCAUCUGGUUUAGGUAUGGCUGUUGGUGGACAUCGUUUAUGGGCACAUCGUAGUUUUAAAGCAACCAUAACAUUACGAUUAAUAUUAGCAUUAUUACAAGUAAUAACAAUGAAUGGUAGUGCUUAUAGUUAUGCACGUGAUCAUCGUACACAUCAUAAAUAUUCGGAUACUGAUCAGGAUCCAAAAAAUCCAUCACGUGGCUUGUUUUAUUCACAUAUUGGUUGGUGGAUGGUACGAAAAACUGACCGGGUAAAAAUGGCCGGAUCAAAAUUGAAUUUUGAUGAUCUUAAAGCAGAUCGAAUUUGUUGGUUACAACAUCGUUUUUAUGUACCAUUAUUUAUUGUUUUCGGUUUGAUAAUACCAACCGUGUUACCAUAUUUUGCAUGGAAUGAAUCACUAUGGACAUCAUUUUAUCUUUGUGCCAUUAUACGUACAACAGUUGUUCUACAUCAUUUGUUUAUGGUAAAUUCGAUUGCACAUUUUUUUGGUCAUCGUCCAUAUGAUUAUCGUAUACGGCCAACUGAAAAUCGUUUAGUAAUUUACCUUAGUUUAGGUGAAGGUAAUCAUAAUUAUCAUCAUACAUUUCCAUAUGAUUAUUCAUCAAGUGAAAAACAAGCAUGGGAAUUUUUUAAUCCAUCAACAAUGUUUAUCGAUUUAUGUUCCGUAUUAGGCAUGGCAUAUGAUUGUAAAAAAGCAUCACGUCAAGUUAUCGAUGGUACUAUAAAACGUAAAGGUAUACCAGCUUAUUUUGAUCCACCAAAAUCAUUAAUAUUUCGUAUUGUGAAUGGUAUAUUUGAUUGGAUUUUGGGUUUUAUUUUUGCAUUAUGGCCAUUAAUUCCAUUAAUUAUAAUCAAAUUCAUUCUUGGUAAACCGGUGUUUAUUUGAUUCGAGCAAAACGAACGAUUAUAUCAUCCUGUUUUUGUUAAUAGAUGACGUUACAAGUUAUCAAAAAACAUUCGACGUUUUUU